CAAACCCCAGUCCGUUCUUUCCGAAAAGGGUGAACCAAAGGGGACAAGGCGAAUUCGCCGAGGCAAUCGCCGGCGAUGAGUCGUCCGAUACCCAAAUCCGGUGGACGAUUUCCCGGAGGAGGAGGGCAGCAGUGGAAGGGGAAGAGGGCGAGACCGGACGGCGGUUGGAGAGAGAGAGCGCCCGUGGUGAAAUGGUCGCACGCGGAGGCGAUGAAGAAGAAGCCUAAAGUUGGUGGCGAAGCGGCCGUCGCUGGAGAUGGAGGAGGGUGGUCGAGGGAGGUGGAGGAGGCGGAAAAGGAGGGUCUUGAUGGGCGAAGCUGCGGAAUAGGAGGGUUUGGAAUGAGCUGGUCGGAGGUGUCGAUGAAGAAGGCGCAUACGGCCACCGGCGUGGGAGAGAACGAGUGGUGUUUGCCGGAGGAGGAGAGGACGAAAGCGAGUCCUUGCGAUGGAGUGAAAGGGGGCGGAGGAGGAGAGGUGGGAGUCGACGCGGACGAGGAGGAGAUGUACGGGUGGAGGUGGUCGGAGGCGGUCAGCCCGGAGAUACUGGCGCUGGUGCUGCGGGGAAGGCUCGCCGCAGAUGACAUUGCGCGCGGCGCGGUGGCGGUGUGCAGGGCGUGGAGGGACGCUACUGCGGCGCCGGACAUGUGGGGGGACGUGGACAUCGAGGCAUGGUGCCGCCGCGUCAACUGCCGCGUCAGGGCCGACGCCGCUGUGCGCCGCCUUGUCGCCCGAGCGCAAGGCACGCUUCGACGGCUCUCCGCCUACCGCGUCGGGGACGCCUCGCUUGCCUACGUCGCCACCUCUGGGAAGUUGCUUAAUGUUCUCCAAGUCCCAAUGAGCGAGAUUUCUGAUCAAGCUGUGGAGAAGUAUGCGGAAUGCCUUCCUGCGCUAAGAGGUUUGGACAUUAGUAACUGCCUGAAAAUCACGUCGAAAGGCAUGGAAGCUUUAGGUCGAAACUGCAAGUCACUUGUUCAGCUGAAGAGGAACAUGCCUCCUCAAGGCAACAAUGCAGCACCUGGCGUGGUUGAAGACGAGGCUUUGGCAGUCGCAAAUACCAUGCCUAUGCUCAAACAACUUGAGCUUGCAUAUGGUUUAUUCAGUGAUGUUGGCCUUGGUGCUAUCCUCACCAAAUGUCCCCUGCUGCAGACACUCAACAUACUUGGGAGCUUGAAUGUCAGGCUUGAAGGUGACAUUGAGGAGAACUUCUGCGCCCUCGAGUCAUUCAGGGAUCCAUGGGAGCCGGAGUACAUUGAAUGCUUGAGCAGUGGAGGUGAUGGCAAUUAUGAUGACAGUGAAAGCGAUGAUUGACUUUACGCGGUACAAAAUUUUAGGGUUGCAUCAGUUGACGUUUUGGGUUCUUUCGGAACAUUUGAGAUAGUUUUGGUGUUGUAGGCGCGUCUGCAAUCUUAUUUGAAUGAUUCAAGAUAAUUGCAAGCUCCUUUCUGGUAAC